AUGCUCAAUAACAUCUCCGCCGGCGGGUCUGUACACGGUAUUCCCGGAGUAAAGGAUCUCCAUGCGCAGGACCUGAAGAGGCACGCGAAGUUGGACGGCGUGCUGGGAGUGAAUUUGGGCACCGGAUUGUCUGCCGGCGGUGGCCUCACGCUUCAUCAGGAAUUAAUCAUGACCAUGCCUAGCACGGGGAACGCGGCAGCAAUCGGACAAGGAGAUGACAAGCCUGCGAAGCAGAAACGGCAUCGAACGAGAUUCUCGCCAGCUCAGCUGAACGAGUUGGAAAGUUGUUUCAAUCGGACCCACUAUCCGGACAUCUUCCUCAGGGAGGAGAUCGCUCUGAAGAUUGGCCUCACGGAGAGUCGAGUUCAGGUAUGGUUUCAAAAUCGCCGGGCAAAGUGGAAAAAAAAGAAGAAGUGCAGCCCAGGUUUUCGCUCCCAGCCGGGUCCGCUGCUGCCAUCGCAUAGCUUGCCCCCGUUUGGACCGAUGAGCUCCGAUCUCUGCGGUGCCGGGAUGUUCAGUGGGCCUCCCGAAAGAUGGACCAUGGGGACAGGCCUUGGGCAAUUGGGACAAGGAGGCAUGGGAAUGGGCGGUUUCGGCCAAAGUUUACAACUUGGUCAGCAAAGUACGGGGAGCCUUGGCUCCAGCUUGGGUCUUGGUAAUUCCGGACUCCCGAUCAGUAGUCCGUCGCAGGCCGUCUAUCAAGCUACUUAUGGGCUGAAUUCCCUCGGGGGUGUUCACGUGUCAGCAUCCCGGGGCUCGCCUCCAGGAGGUUCCAGCGUGGGCGGCGGUCAGGGUGGCGGGCUGGGAUCGGCCUUGAACUGCGGCCAGGGCUCGCCAGGCACGACUUCCGGCAGCGGAGGUGGCGGCGGCGUUUCCUGCGUGGCUGCCGACGUGAACGCAACCGAGGCGUCGGAUUGGAGAGGUGCUCACAGCAUCGCGGCGCUCAGGCGUCGUGCCUCGGAUGCAUCGCAGCAGUACAGCCCACAACCACCGCCACCACCAGCAGGACCCCCUCAGUAUGCUCAGGACAUGGAGUACAAUGCCGGUUACUGA